AAAUGCAGGUCGUUUUCUGGGUGGUACUGGCGUCUAACGGCGAUCCAAAAAAAAUCAAGAGUGUGAAGUCUCGAACCAUAGACCAUGACCUCACUAAUUGCUUCAGAUCCAGGUUGUGCUCAUUCUGGAAGAAAUUCGAUGACAGUAAAAGAAGUCAACGGUAUCAGAUCACAAGGAAUCUAUGAGAAAUUUCAAAGAAGUUAUUCGUUCAAACAUCAAUAACCCACUACCUAGCUAUGGAGAUUAGUAGGCAUACUACUCGAGAAGGCUUAAUUCGAGCAUCAUAUGGCCCCGCACAAUCAAACAAAUGUAUAGAUACUCUACUGAUAACGAUGUAAUUGCAGGUCCCAGGUGUAAAAGGGAAGGCUAAGCACGAGUUUCGGGGCAUUCGGAAGUCAUUUCGGUG